AUGAAGUGGCCUAGUUACGUUGUUAUUUGCCAUGUGUGUGUGCUUAAGUGUUUUGCGAUGUCGCUAAACGAACUGGAGGAUUUUAGCAAUUUCCUUAGACAAACUUCUCAAUUGGAUCAAAAUGUAAAAAGUAACAUACCGAAUGACGAAUUUGAUGAAGAUGAGCCCGUAAUGGAGAAUGCAUGGGAAACAAGUGGAAAAUUCGAAGGUGACCUGGUUUUAAAUGAGCGGCAAAGAAGAAUGAUUCUAACUAACGUUGCAGAGGGUUUGGCAAGAAAUGGGUUGACCGACAGCACAAAACGGUGGCCCAACAAUGAGGUUGUAUAUUUUAUACAGCCCGACCAUUUUAAUAGUGCUCAAACAGAAGCAAUCCAAACAGGCAUAGCUGAUUUGGCCCGCGUCUCUUGCGUCAAGUUUAGACCGUAUGAAAAAGGCGAUAAAGAUGCCGUUGUUAUACAGGGUAGCAGGCGUGGAUGUUUUUCACAAGUUGGUUACCAAGGAGGCUAUCAAGUUUUGAAUCUCUCUCGUCGCCAUCCAGCAGGACGUGGCUGUUUUCGUCACGGAACUGUAGUACAUGAACUGUUACAUACACUCGGUUUCUACCAUAUGCAAAGCAGUCCUGAUAGAGACGACUACAUUGAUGUAUUGUGGGAAAAUAUUAUUAAACCUGCACGACACAACUUUCGGAAGUACAAUUCGUUAGCGGUUUCCGAUUUUGGCGUGGGUUACGACUAUGAAAGUGUCCUGCAUUAUAGUCGCAGAGCUUUCUCUUCAAAUGGCCAAGAUACUUUAAUACCUAAAAAGAUUGGUGCGAAAAUUGGACAAAGGAUAGGUCUUUCUGGAAAAGACGUCCAAAAGCUUAACAAAAUGUAUUGCGAUGCAGAUACAGAUCUUUUGAUUGAAGACAGUAGUGAUACUCCAGAUGAAUCAGCGAAACCAAAGGCUGCAAAAAAUAAGCCAUUUGAGGGUCAUGGUUUAGGAUACCAACAAGGUAAAAUAGUGAUAAUAAGAUUGCCAAGGCCCGAAACCACACAGAUGCCAGAUUUACCUCAAUUUCCUGUGUUUGAUUAUUUUAGUAAAACGACGCAAGAACUGCCGCCGGCGCUUGUUCAAGGAGUUGGAAUUGGAAAAAAAAUGAACCAUUACAAUUAUGUAUCACCAGAUUCUUCAAAUGAGGAGGAGUAUGUAAAAUCCAAUACAGAAGAACAAUUCGAUAAUAAAGACGUUAGGGCACUUAAACCUUACGACGAUACAAAUGAAGAGGAAGACGUAUCUUCAGACACACAGGACGAAAAUUUAACAGAAGAUUUAAUUCGUAUUUUAUCGGACAUAGAAAAAAUACAAGAAAAUCAAAUUCGACUACCCGAAGAAUAUGAUAACAGCGAUCCAAGAAUGCGAUUACUAAAGGAAUCAGAAGAGAAGAAAUUUAAUUCAUUUUUGGUUUCACCCUUGAUAAAUGAUAAUAUAAAAAAUGUAAAUAGCUACAUAGUUAACGGCCCGCCAUCGCUAGAUCUUAAUCAUAAAUUAGAUAAAGAAAAACAGUACAACCAGAGGGAACCUGACGAACAAGACUCUUUUCAAAAUCAGCCUUUAGAAAUAAGACUUACAGAUAAAAAUUUACCUGAUAGCAGGAUCUGGUAUAGAAAAGACACAAAACCAAAGCAUGCUAAUGUUGGUAGUUCCCAUUUUUAUCCUCAGAUUGACCACGAGCAAGUUAACUAUUCGUAUUUUGAUAAAGUUCCUAAAUUCGAAAAAUGGUUCAAUAGUGAUCAGCCUAAACACGAAUCUUACAGAGAUCGAAACCCGACUACACAAAAAUACUAUAGAUGAUAUUUAAUUUAUUUAAGUAGGAAAAUAUGUUAUGUAGGAAAUUGAUUCCAAUUCUGAUUUACGUUAGACCCUAAACUAAAGUCUGACUUAAUUACAUGCAGAAAACUGUCGUAACGUGGAUUACUGAUUUUUAUGGGCAAAAAACCGGCAAAGACUAGUGAAAUUAGUGCAUCGAUGGUUCCGUGUUCUAGAA